GCUUUCUCUCGUUUCUCGUCCUCCUGCGAAUCAAGUUCCCUGCAACACGAACUUGCCCACCGACACCAACACCAUUCCAUCUUCAUCCCAUCCUCUCUGCCGCUGCCGCACCCUCUCAUCCUCAUCCUCGGCGCUUAGUAGUAUCUGCCGUCUGCAGGGGUCCCGAUGGUUGCUUUGACCCGCUGUCCACCUUCUACCACCGAAUGGCACUGAAAUGCACGGCUCGGUGCAUGACGAUCGCCUGCACCUCCACCAUCGCCCGUCACAGGCCAACGCGCUCGUGGCUGACCAGGGCAUACGAGGUUCUCUCCAUCCUGCUGGUCCCCAAAAUCUCCGAUGCCCCGGGAUAUCCUUUGUGUCAAGCCGUCCUCAGAUCCACCGCGCAGUCUCGUCCCUUGCGACGCUCCAACGCCAUUCUGCCUCUCCAAUCCUGACCAUUCACGUUCGUUGCUCCAGGCGCUGAAGCCUCCUGAAAUUGUCGGACCAUAUGCCGCUAAGGUUUAGCAUCACGUUGUUAUUCUCAGGCCCUCGGGCUAGGCGCGGCGCGAGACUGUGGGUGGAUGGCCCGCACCCUGACAGUAACAUAUACUUCUGAAGAGCUUCUCUACUGCAUGUUUGUAUACUGCUAGCCCAGCCCAGGAAUAGUCGUCAGGGCCUGCCGAACAGCACAUCAUGGACCGGGACAUGGUCGAAUGACAUGCUGUGCUUCGAAGCCAGCCGCAGAGCUCGCUCAGGCUACCCGGUAGGUACAGUAUGCUGCCUUGACCCAGUUGUUGGACUUAUCAGACCUCCACCAUCAUGCGUUCACCGGUCACUCUUCCGCGUUGCGGCUCCCCUCCUUCGCUGUCGGGCCUCUUCAAUGUUUUUCCCGCCAUCUACUGAAAUCUUCCCCUUGCUAUAUUCCACGCCCUUGCUGGUCUGCGCCCUCUUGCGCCCGUCUGUGACGAACCAUGCGCGUGGGUUUCUCUUCUCAUCCAUGAUUGCGAGGCCGGCAGUCACUUGCAAUCACUCCAUCUACCUAUGAGCCUUGUGUCAACCCUCGUUGCCGCGGACGCGACCCGCUACCCAACCGCAACAAAACCCGUGCAACCUGCUGCGGCUGAGUGUCCAACACGGCGCAGGGAAUUCGUCUAUCGGGCGACUGCUCAGGUAGUCUGCCUUGCCCGAUCGUAAUCUUAGUCUUCUCCGCCCAUCGACCUCGUCGCCGCGAAGAAGGGCCAGCAGAUCCGUUCUGUUCGCUUAGCUCACCGGCAGCCGUGGUCGACUGUGCCGCAAACCAAGUGCCCGAGUGCUAAGAUGAUGGCAGUGAGGGCUCCUCUUCCGUUCAGUCCUUCAACAAACGCACUAUUUCCGACAUUUUCUCCUUUCCCAGAACAGCCUGACUCGCCGCGGCCACGGUCUGCCGCACCGUCGGGAGUACAUAUGUCUGUACCAGAGAGGCCGAGGACUGCGGGCGAAAACCAACUCAAGUCUCCGGUAAUUAAUAGCAUCACCUCCCCUCGAGAUCCUGUGGCUCCCUCGCCCGUCAAUUCGGAUGUCACCAACUUUGAAGACGUGGAUCAAGAGGUGGAAGAGGACGACACGGACGGAGGGAGCACUGCGGGAAAUAGCUUUGUCUCGGGGGCGCCCCAGAAUCUCAAUGACAUCCAGCGAGCACAAAUCAUCUCUCCGCUGAGGAACAGCCUGCGAGGUAUUACGACUCCGCUAAAGCUCGACACUCAGUCCAUAAUAGAUCAACAAAUCCGUGCCAGAGUGGAGGAAGAGACUGAGCCUCAAUCUGCUAUACACAUACCGACCGAGUUUGGCAAGUUUCCUCCUACCAGAACACCUGCAGAGCCACCGAGGCAGCAAGAUAAGCAACCGUCACGCUCGAAACCAGAAGAUCAGCUGGCCGAGCAGCCUAAAGAGGCCGAAAGGUCCAGGGCAGGCUCGACGGACUCAAAAAAUUCCGAGUCGACCGUGACUGAAUCGGCCACGCUCGAAAGCAAUCCCGUACAAAAGCCUCAUGGUGCACCGAUGCCUCCGACGCCACUGCAAACAAGCCUCCCUCCACUGCCGAUACAUGACUGGUCCCGGACUCCAAGGGCGCAGACGAGACAAGACCUUAAUGUGUUGAGCCGUCCAGGUUCGAGCCUUGCCAGCAUCCUGGAGGGCGACACGGACGACCAUCCUAGUACAGAUGAGACUGGCGACGAAGGCCCAUUGGAUCCGGGCUUUUUGCGCGGUGCCGAGGCCGAGCUCAACGCCCUGCGAAACGCAUUAUCCGAGUGUUGGACAUUGUGCAAUACAUUGGCAAGUCUCAGUCACAUCCACCGGGAGAGGAUAUUCAACUUUUCUGGUCGUGGCGAUAUGCAUGAACAAGCAUGGAAAGCCUGCUGGAAGUUGUGUCAAAAUCUCUACGAAACGCGAGAAGACAGUGGUCCAAACUCGUUUUCGCACAAUUCAUCUCGCCCAACCCUAGAUUUGUGUCGCGACUUCUGUCAGGCGCUCUUCGAAGUUCGGGUUCGAGACAACGAAACGGCGGAUUCAGUGUUGAGAGUGAGUUUUGAACUGAACAACCAUCUGUUCAACACCCAUGACCGAAGCCUUCCGGAGGCGUUCCGUGAGCGGACGUUAGAUUUCUACAUCACUCUAUGUCAUCGGCUAAUGAAGCAGAAGUCGAAGAUGGCGGAGGAAACAGACUCGCUCCUCCGAGCGUGUUGGUCCUUGGCUGAAAUGCUGUUCAGUCUGAGGCAAAACCGACGAGAAGGCAAGAAGCCCGACGAGGAACUACUUGGGUCGGCCAUUCUGGCAUGUUGGGAGCUUUGUGACUUGUUCAGAGAAGGCUGGACACGAAUCCGUCCUGAAAGAGGGACUCCACGACCCAGUCAAACGACAUUCACGCAGGCAUUCCAUCAGGCCAAACGAUCCGGAUUUGCACCCCUGGAUGAGAAUAUGAAUCCCAGGCUACUGCCGGAAACCCCGACUACCAUUUUUGAAGACACCGUCACAACCAUCUCGCCAGACGAAGCUCCCACCCCUAAUAUCGUCGUUCUGAGAGCAGAAGAAGCAUCUCGCAUGUCAACCACCUCAUCCGUCUCCUCCUUUUCAGCCGGCCCUUAUCAUAGGCAACCGUCUCCUAAUUUCCGUAAUCCAUUAUCCGCCCAGCCCGGGCCGACCUCUGCGAAUUAUCCCCGGUGGUCGGCCAAUUCCUCCACUUUCUCGCUCCCAGCUUCCGCCAUUUCGGAAGGUGGCCCUGCUCCUGCUUCCGCCACCACAGUAUCAACCGUGCGAACACCCGCAGAAGAUCCAACAUUGAUCCUUUUGAAAGCAUUAUUUGUCAAGGCUGCUCUGGCCACCGGGUUGGGAUACAGUCAGAGCUCUGGCGACCCGAAUCUGAAUUCGCUACAUAACUUUGUGAAGAACUUGCCGGACACGGCAUUCGGCAAUCAAGCAUGGCAGAUGUCAUUGCUGGAGAACUACCGCAAAGCCAUCAUGAAUGAUUCUGGUUUCCGGAAUCUGGGUACUGCCGGCACCGUGGGCGAGCGAGGGAAACUGAAUUCCGUUGAAGUGGGCCGCGCGGUCAUGGGUAUGACUUCGUGCGUGUACGGGUUUGGAUGGUUGAGAGAUUUGUAUCGCUAUGUUUUUGGUUACUACGCCGAGGAGGCCCUGAAAGCGAAUAGCAGUCAUACUGCUGGUGGUGCUGGUGCUGGUGACGGAACCCACCAUCCCGGUCGACGCCAACCGGCCGCGCCAGGCAAGCAACAGGGCAUCGGGGUUACUGCUGCAGUCAGUCUGGUUGCUGCUGUCAUGGACAGCACGAACAACAACAACACAGGUAACAAGAACAAUCCGAUGCCGAACUCAGCCACUGGUCCUGGGCAGCACGCACCUGGGGGAAGAGCAGCAGGUGGAGGUGGUGUUGGGCGAGCGAGCUCUAGAGGGAGCACUGCUAGCAAUAGCAGUGGCGGUGGAAGUGCCAGUGGGAAAUCAGGGACCGGCGGGCGGCGGACUGUGAGUCAGUAAAGAAGGUGUACGUGUGACACAUGCCUUUGCCUACUACACGCUACUCCCCGGGGCUACCUGGUCUGGUAGCCGAUGACACGGCAGCCAACGCUGCCUACUAGUAUCCUGGAUGGGAGGUACGUGUCACUGUUACAUGGGCAGUAGUAGCUCACCUUGGUAAUGAUGAUCUAGAAGAAGAACCAUGCCGCUAAGUGACCACCGAGUGGUAUGUAACCUACUGCUAGUCGAUCCCUCCAAAUGAGGAUAUGGUCUUGGGUAACUUCGGUGACCCUCAGCUUUGGCUGCGAGACAUGCUCAUCUCAUUGUUAAUAAUACCUGGAGUCAUCAUGCGGCAUCAUGUUAGCUGCAAGGAGAACCAUGGCUAUAACAGUCUGUGCUAUGUGACUUCGCAAAACUUCGGUAUCUUGGCACAGAACUCACUGCCCGGCCAUCAAAUAUCUGGUGAAUCUGAUUUUGUUCCGCAACCCC